AGACAAAAUGCCGGCCUACGACAACGAGGGCGCGAAUAUAUCGCUAGAAGACAUCCGGAACCCGCCAGAGGAUGUCACAGAACGGAGGUUAAGGAUGUUCAGAUCACAGAAGUCCACAGUGCAUUCUAGAAGACAGCAGGCGGUCUGCGUGAGGCGAGCGUAUAAGAUAUACGGAAGCAAGAAGAAUCCUAAUGUCGUUUUGGACAGCCUGAAUAUGACGGUGCCUAAGGGGACAAUCUACGGCCUCCUCGGCGCCUCAGGGUGCGGGAAGACCACGCUGCUGUCGUGCAUCGUUGGGCGGCGGCGGCUGAACUCCGGCGAGAUCUGGGUGCUGGGCGGGCGGCCGAACGGCCCAGGGUCUGGAGUACCGGGACCCAGGGUUGGGUAUAUGCCGCAGGAAGUGGCGUUGUUCGGGGAGUUCUCUAUCCGGGAGACGAUGAUCUACUUCGGCUGGAUCGCGGGCAUGGAGACCAAGGAGGUGGACGAGAGGACCGACUUCCUCGCCAACCUGUUGCAGCUGCCUAACAUCAGCAGGCCAGUCAAGAAUCUCUCUGGUGGUCAGAUGCGACGUGUGUCUCUGGCUGCUGCUCUGCUCAACCAGCCCGAGCUGCUCAUCCUGGAUGAGCCUACUGUUGGAGUGGACCCGGUGUUGCGACAGAGUAUUUGGGACCACCUGGUAGAGAUCACAAAGGGGGGAAGAACAACAGUCAUUAUCACCACACAUUACAUCGAUGAAACCAAACAGGCUAACCUGAUCGGUCUCAUGCGCGGCGGCAGAUUCCUUGCUGAGGAGUCACCGACCGAGCUGAUCCGCCGCUACCAGGGGGACUCUUUGGAAGACGUGUUCCUCAAGCUGGCUGUACUCCAGAACAGGGGGAAGAGGAGACGAUCCAGCAUCCUCACUGAUGUGCUGGAGAGAGUGGAAGUGCCUACGUCACCGGAUCCCACAGUAACCGAAGAUGCCGAAGUUGGGGAGAUCUCCGGUGAAUUCGGAGACAACUUCUCCAUGAGCUCGCGCCAGGGUGUGGUCGGGGAGGUGGUGGUGGAGGACCUGCCUCCAGAAGACGCACCACGAGAGGGCUGCAUCGAGAGGAUCAAGCCCAUGAAGUGGAGACACAUGAAGGCGCUGGUGUGGAAGAACUUCUUAAGUCUGUUCAGGAAUAUUAGCCUCCUCGCCUUCAUCAUGGGUCUACCGCUCUCCCAGAUCACGCUGUUCUGCCUAGCGAUAGGCCACUACCCAGUCGGCUUACCGAUAGCCAUAGUCAAUCAUGAGGUGGAAUCCAACUCCACUGACGUGUUGUGUGACUACUCCAAGGCCUGUCCUCAGGAUAAGCAGACGUAUGAAUGGAACUUGACAAGAUUCAGCUGUCGAUACCUGGACUUCUUGUCGCGGAAACAGAAGAAUUUGGUUGGUUACCCAGAUUACGAGUCUGCCAUGUCGGCGGCCACCACAGGCCAUGCUAGAGCUGUUCUGGUCUUCCCGGCGAACAUCUCCACCUGUCUGCUCGACAGGGUCAGAGAUCCCAGGCACGCUGACGAAUUCACCAUCAACAACUCCGAUAUUCAAAUACACAUGGACGAUACUGACAAGCAAGUUGAAUGGAUGCUGUCGAAAGACAUCCAGAUCGCGUACAUGGACGCCACCAAAAACCUCGCCAGUACUUGUGAUCUUCCACGGAACCUGCUGACUAUACCUAUUCGUUUCAACAGACCGGUCUACGGCUUAGAAGAGUCAGAUUUUACCGACUUUGCUUGCCCUGGAGUUAUUCUCACAAUCGUUUUCUUCCUCGCUGUAGCUCUGACGUCUGCGUCCAUGUUGGCUGAGAGAAACGAGGGUAUUCUGGAAAGAUCGCUGGUUUCUGGAAUUACUGGCACGGAGAUCCUCUUCGCGCACGUGUUCGUGCAGAUGCUGGUGAUGGUGGUGCAGUCGAUCUCGGUGCUGGUGAUCGCGCUGGCGAUCUUCAAGCUGACGAUGCACGGCCCGCUGGGAUGGAUAGUGCUGCUGACGACGAUGACGGGGCUGUGCGGGAUGACGUUUGGUUUCGUGGUAUCGUGUAUCUGCGACAACGAGAGGACCGCGACGUACCUCGCCAUGGGCUCCUUCGUGCCCAUGAUGAUGUUGUGCGGCAUCGUGUGGCCCGUUGAAGGUAUGCAUGUAACUCUCCAAUACAUCAGCUACUUCCUACCUUUAACCAAGUCGACAGAAUCCCUCCGGUCCAUGCUCCAGCGUGGAUGGACCAUCACAGCACCUACCGUCUACUACGGCUUCAUCUCCACCAGCGUCUGGAUGUUCUUCUACCUCACCAUCAGCAUCCUGCUCAUCAAGUUUAAGAAGGGCUAAAGGUGCACCAGCUUUAUGUACCUUCGAAGAAAUUUAUUCAUAGGCAGUUGACGGACCUAAGUAAUUUGGUCGCG